AAUACUUCUGGUUUAACUGUUGCAGUAUUUGGACAAAAAAUUACUGCGCAGGAAAUUGAAUAUCAAUUAGAGUUUCAAGAAUAUCCACGAACAUCUAAUACUGGCGUUGCAACUGUAUAUAAUAUCUCUACAUUUGAAGAUGAAAAUCAACAAAUAGCAACAAAAGUUCAAGAUGCUUUUGCUUUAAAAAAUAUUCAAUAUGCUUAUGGAGAUCCGGGAAAUAUCAAAAAAUCAAUUAAAUGUCCAUUUUUAGGUGUUAAAACUAGACGUGAAUAUCGUACAUGUCAAGGCAUUAAAGUUUGUGAAUGUGCAUCAUCUGAUCUUGAAGUUUCACAUACAAGU